UUUUUUGGACCCAGAAAUAUCAUAACCCUAUGAACCUGCAAACCUUGGACUCUGACAGACCACAGACACAGGAGAACAGGGUCCCCUCCUGGGCAGGGAGAAGCAACUUGUACACCUGGAAACCUGGCCCAGGGGAACGUAUUACCCUAGAUCGGCGCGGAGCGGAGAUGGCGGCGCGCGGGCUGCCGGGCGCCCUGGGCGCGUUGCUUCUGCUGCUACUGGCCUGGGAAGGAGCCGGCGCCCCGGCCUUCCUCCCUCCUGCUGCCCUGCAGCGGCUCUUGGGCGACCUCAGCAGCAUGAUGCAGCGCAGCCGGGAGGAGAUGGGGCAGAUGGAGGAGGGCUUUGAGACCCCUGUGGAUUUCAGCAAGCUGCCCCCAAACUACCAUGACGAAGAGAAAGAGGAGCGCAGGGUGGGCAAUGCCACGGUGUACAGCCAUCGGGAGAUCAACAAGGUAACAGACAACCGGACAGGAGAGACAGUCUUUUCAGAGAAGACGGUGACUUCCAUUGAGCAGGGAGACCGGGGCCUGCUGGAGAACUGGAAGGGGUGCAUGGGUGAUGAUGAUUGCCGAAAGGACCAAUUCUGCUCCUCUUCCUUCGUUGUCAGCCAGUGCCAAGAGUGCAAAGCUAAGGACACUGUGUGCCAGCGGGAUGGAGAGUGCUGCUUGGGAUACCUUUGUGUCUGGGGGAAGUGCACAGCUGGUGUGAGUCGUGGUGAGGGCGGGACCAGAUGUGACCCACUACAAGACGAAUGUGCCCCAGGCCUCUGCUGCAUCAGCUAUGCCUUUUUCCCAUUUCCAAUCUGUGCCCCCUACCUGACAGAGGGAGAAGUAUGUCAGAGCCUGGAUGGGACCCUCUUGAGUCUGAUGGCCUGGGAAGGCCUGGGGAGGUCUGGCCAAUACUGUCCUUGUGCCCAGGAAUUGAUGUGCAGGAGCAAUGGAUUUGGGAUGACCUCUACAUGCCAGAGGGCAGAAGGCAAUGAGGAUUUUGGCCGCCUGGGCCAGCAGCUGUCUUUCUUCCAGCCAAGCAUGGUACGCAGGGAUGAGGAGGUUGCCUACUAUGACACCAAUGCUCUGCCAUGGCAGCUACAAGAUGGCCAAAUGGUGGUGGAUACUGGCCGUAUAAAAAAGCCAAGAGAAGAACUGACAGAUGACUAUGAAGGAGAGAACCUACUACUAGACAAAGACACAAACAAUCCUGACCAGUUGAAUUUCCAGGAGCUCAAGCAACUGGCCAAUCAAAUGGGGCAGUAUUUUGGGCCUGGAUUUUACUGAGAACUCAUGGUAACUGAGUUGCUUGACAGUCACACCCUUUAAUUAUUUAUGUGUCUCACUUCCCUUCUUCUCUUUUCCUCAGACCCUUCCCCGAUCACAAUUUUCCACCCAGAACCAUAGCUUUUCAAGCUGAUUACCUCAACAAUGGCAGAUUUCCCACCGCUUCACAGCAAACUAACUUUGUCUCUUUGAUUGAGGUGUUUUAUAGAAAUUAAAUAUACAGCAUAUUCAUGUUA